UUACGAGGCAAACGGAGAGAGACCACAAACAGAGAAACAUACUCAGAAGAUCAGACAAACUCUCUCUCUCACACACACACACACGCAGACAGAGAGACAAGGCAAAACACAUUUAAGACAACACACACAUGCAACUCUACUGACAAAAACGCACAGGAACUUUGACGGUGACAACACAGAUAUAGACAGGGGCUCUCACAUACAGACGACUGAAUCCAAUCACAGGACUACAAAGACAGAGAAAAACGUGUUACUUAUUAAGAGACAAAGACGUAUUACUUAUUAAAACUUGAACACAGAACCAGCCAACCUUACACACACACACACACACCCGCGCGCGCACACACACCUGGAGAGGAGCAUGAGUACCCUGAAGCUGCGACAGGAGAAGAUGAUGAACGGCCACGGGUCGGGACCGCAGACGCGCACGGAGCGCCACAGGAUGCAGGAGGGGGUGGUGGGACUGAUCCGCACGUCUCUGGAGGCCAAGGAGUUCGCCUACUGCCCCUACAGCAAGUUCCGCGUGGGGGCCGCCCUGCUGGCCCACGAUGGGAAAGUGUUCACAGGCUGUAAUGUGGAGAACGCCUGCUACAACCUGGGCAUCUGCGCAGAGAGAAACGCCAUCUCAAAAGCAGUCUCGGAGGGGUACAGGGCCUUCAAAGCUAUUGCCAUUGCCAGUGACCUGUCUGAUCAGUUCAUCUCCCCGUGCGGUGGCUGCAGGCAGUUCAUGAGAGAGUUUGGGGCCAGUUGGGAUGUCUACCUGUCCAAACCUGACGGCUCUUAUGUGGAGAUGACCGUCGAUGAGCUGCUGCCAGGAUCCUUUGGACCCGAAGACCUCGACAUGAAGAAAGUACACACCAUCCCCAACGAGUUCUGAGGCAAUUCUAACAUACUGUACGCUACCAAGCCUUCAGCUAAUAAUCCAAAGAUCCCGGACAAGAAACUUUUAACAACUGGUGCUUUGAAUGUCAGUAUGACAAAACUGCUUUGAUACAUGAUGGUGAAGUUGUAUGUUCCAAAGUGAUUCUCAUGAGCCACAGUCUUUAAUGUAAUUAUGCCUAUGUGUAUAUAUUUGGAGGUAAUGAUAUGCUAUAUAUAUAUAUGUGUGUAUUCCAAAGAAUGUAUGUCUGACUGUAUAUAUCACUAUUUAAGAUCGAUUGUAUACUGAAAUAAACCCACUGAGGAAGAA